GACGUAUGCAGUCGGGUUGUGGGGAGUGACGUCACCGGUCUAUCACCAUGAAGCUCGAGGCUCAGUAAUUAUCUGAGAGGGAGAGAGACUGCAGUAAACACCCUGAGCCCGGUGAUAGUUUACGGAUUAAAUCCGUUUAAUCACUGAUUAUUUUUCACUCCCGGAGGAAGAACAGUGGUUUAGACUGAACUCAGACCGGAUCCGGGGGUUAAGGCUUCGUUUAAACAAAGUUUUCCCAGAAGCCUUGAAGUUGAGCACAAGUCACUACAAUGGUUCUAUAACACCUCCAUGAUAAAAAACACCCCUGAGUAACUGUUGGUCCACCUGGAGUUACUGAAGAUCAGUUGGUAUCGCAGUCACAGUCCUGGAAAGAUGGCCAUGGUGCAGAACAGCCGUCCUCACCCCGAGAAGGACCAGGCUCUGCUCAGAGUGCCGGUGAAGAGGCUGAUGCGAGAGAGGCAGAUAGAAGCAGCGCCGAUAAAGAAGCGCGUGAUGGCGGCGCUUAAUUUGUCAUGCAAAAAGGCUUCGGAGUCAUCGUUGUCAUCGUCACUGUCAUCGUCAAGGACUCCUGUUAUAAAGACUGAAUAUGUAGAGAAGGACUCUGAGUGUCUUAACUAUCAACAUGUCUCUAAGGGACAGGACGGACGAGACGGCGCUCUGGACCUGAGCCCGGCUUUGAGACACACUCUGGCCCAGUUUACUCUGAGCAGCCAGUGUUCUUUAGGAGGCCCUGCUGCCUUUUCUGGUCAGUACAGCCAGGAGAAGCUGGCUCCGUCUCUCAGCCAGGCCAGCGUGGCAGUCGGACCCUUACUGGUGCCUCCUGACAGCUCCACAGAGCUCGUGUUGUGCACGCUGGAGGGCGAAUCCAUUUCCUGCUUCUCAGUGGGUGGUGAGCUGCGCCUGUGUUUGCCUCAGGUGCUCAACACGGUGCUGCGAGACUUCUCCCUGCAGCAGAUCAACUCCGUGUGCGAUCAGCUCUACGUCUACUGCUCGCGCUGCAACGCUUCCCAGCUGCACGUCCUCAAAGUGCUGGGCGUCCUCCCGGCCGGCGCUCCGUCCUGCGGCCUCAUCACGCUCACCGACGCCCAGCGGCUCUGCAACACCCUGCUCCACCCGGGCGACAGCGUUCCCGCCGGCCCGCGUAAAGACCACCGGCUCGCUGAAGAAGAGGAGCGAGAAGCCGAGGAAGCCGGAGGGUUCUGGGUGGAGCAUCAGUGCCUGGGGAAGUGCCAAGGCCUGUUCGUUCCUCGUCUCUACGCCGCUCCGGGCGCUCCGUGCAUCCGAUGCUCGCAGUGCCGACAGCUUUUCUGUCCCGAGCGCUUCGUCAUGCACUCGCACCGGCAGCCGGACAAGCGGACCUGUCACUGGGGCUUCGACUCCGCCAAAUGGGCGUGUUACCUCCAACUGGGGCGACGGUACCACGGCACGGCUGACGAGGGGAAACUCGAGCAGCUUCUGGAGGCCAUGAAACUGAAGUUCGGCGGGAUUCUUCUGGACGCGAAGACGUCGCAUCUGGAGACUGUGCGAGUGGAGGAGGGGUUAAAUCUGUGUUCUGGGAAAGAGAAAGCGUGUGAGAGCGGUUCAGAGGGAAAGGCGGCGGCGGCGGAGUUCCCGGCGUACGUGUUUGACCCGUGUCUCCUCACCAACCUGAAGGAGGAUCCCAGACACCUCGACCUCAUGUGGCAAAGUUGGUAUCUUUACAUGCACGAUAAGCUGAGCGUCUCCGGCGCGGCCCUGGACUCCGCGCGAGCUGCUGAUAAAGACGACGGCGCUCCGAGAGCAGAGACGCAGAAACCGGUGAAAAAAGCGCCCGAGGAAGCGGAGGACGGCGAGCGCAAAGCGUCCGCAGGGGGCAAAAAAACAAGUCGCCCGGCCAGCCAAUCACAGCGCAGCAAUCCGGACGAGCGGCCCAGGGUUUCCAUAGAAACGCCGGCAUGUGAGAAGUCUUUGGAGGAGAACAAGGACAGCAUGGUGGUGGAGGUGCUUCAGAUGUACAGCGCUCAGCAGGAGAAGCUGCAGUCCACGCUACGCAAGCAGCAGCAGCUGGAGAAGGAGCUGCAGGCUCUGCGCAAAGCCGACGCAGACGAGCCGGGGGAGGAGCAGACGGAGCUGCAGACGGAGCUGCAGACGGAGCACGCUCAGAAGAAGGAGGUGGAGCAGAAGAGGCUUCAGUGCAGUGUGGAGCAGCAGCGGAGCUGUAGGUGCCGAGAACAGCAGGAGAACCGUUACGCCGCGCAGCUGCUGGAGCUGCGUCAGAGGCUGGACCGCGCUGAGGAGGACCGUGAGGAGCUGCAGGAGGAGCUGCGGCGUGAGCGUGAAGCUCGGGAGAAGCUGGAGAGGAUCAUCUGUGAGCUCCGGCAGCAGAUGAAGGAGUCGGUUCCUCCGUCGGCUCUCGACAGCCCGCUGUCCACCUCCUCCAGCGACGUGCUGCUGUCUCCUGCACCGUAACGCCGCUCUCACACCCGCACAUUUCACUCACGUCUGCGUUUCCCACGGACUGUUCCUCAAGAACGUUACGUUUUCAUCAGCGCACUUUGUUAUUUCUGUGGACAAAUAAAACAAAACAAACAAACAAACAAACAAACAAAAAUAUAUAUCCUGGAGUUUUUUUGUGAUAAAGAGCAUUAACUGCUUUUUUAUGUCACUUUUUUUUGAGUAUGCAAAUUUUCAUGCAUGUAUAUGACCCCUGUGUGUGUGUGUGUGUGGUGUGUGUGUGUGUGUGUGGUGUGUGUGUGUGUGUGUGGUGUGUGUGUGUAAAACUCUCACAAUUAAAUUCUCAGCGUUGAUUAUCUCGUGCGCUGACUACUGCUACAAAAAAAAAAAAAACCUAGAUUUCACAUUUUUUAAAAAAUUGUAAUAUGUGCUAUUGUUUAUUAAAAUAAAGUAUUUAUUAUAUUGUUUUAUUGCUAGAUGUUAUUGUGAGCAAAACUUUAUUAAAAAAACACGCUUAUAGGUAUAGGUACGCUAAUUUUUAAGUUCAUCAUGUUUUCAGACGGAGCAAAAAUUUUGUGCCAUUUUUUCCCCCAUUUGUUAAAAUUUCAAAAUUCCUCGGAAUUUAAAUCUGACAUUCCACAUCCCCGAGCGUUAUCUUCUUCUCUUCAUAUCACAUUAUGAAUUUUACUUACUGCACCUUUAAGCCAUGUAUGCACAGUCUGAAUGUAUGAUAUUGUAUGUAUGCAUGUGCGCUGAAAUAUAUAUUAUUAUUAUUAUUAUUAUAUUAUAUUAACUGAGUUUACACCAUCGUAUACGUUUUUAAAAAGAAUUCUGUAUAUAAAUGUUUUGUAAAAUGUUUCGUUCUUGAUUCUCUCUCUCUCUCUCUCUCUCUCUGUAUAAUCUUGUUUUCUUUUGAAAUUUUUAACAAAUUUCUGAAGUUAAAAACAUUAAAGAUAUAAAAAAUUGUUCUUUAUUAUUGUCACAUGAUAGGAAAUGAUAUUAAUGCCUGUGUGUUAUCAGUUUAGAAGAACAGGGUUUAUUAUUAAUAAAUAAAUGAAUAAAUAAAUGAAUAAAUAAGUAAAGGAGCGUGCUGUGGGAGCGAGCGGACGAGCGGAGCUUCUCCUGCUCUGUGUGUUCUCCACGCCGCGGUUCUCCUCGACAAUCAGCCGGAAUCUUGAAUUCCUGGGACAGAAACACUAAAAGACUGAGCUGAUGCCGUUGUUCCUACCUCAGAUGGAUGCUGUGUGCGCUGCGUCUCUGUGUUUUCAUGCAGCGUGGACUGAUGGAGCUCUGAAAUUACCUCUGUGCUGUUUCUAUGCUGCUUUACGAGCGAAGUGUUACGGCUUCUUCACGUCGGCUCAUCGACUGAUGCAUGUGGAAUAUUACAGUCAAAGAAAAAGAUUUCUUUCCUCCUAGAAAUACGCAGAUAUUCCUCUCUUUCUUUUUUUUCUCCGUGUGCUGAUGCUUUCUUUGUGUCACUCUCACACGUUUGUAUGUCACUAGGAUCGAUUAUAUUAUAAUUUAUCGUUCAGAUUAACAAUAAAAAAAUAAUACUAUA